UAAAUUUUGACACUUAUCAAAAGUAUAUCUUUUUCGUCUGCUUUUUAUAAUUGCAAAAAAAUAGAAUCAAUUUGUUUUAUCAAACUAAAGCCUAGCAAUAUGUUGAAAUAAUUUGCACAAAUUAAAUUCUCCAAAAACAAGCUCAAUAAAUCCAAAUUAAAAGUUGUCGAAUUACGUGCUUAGUGCUUUUUUCGUCACUUAUUCGUCGUCAUCAUUCAUCAUUGACGCCCCAAAAGCACAAAAAAUAUUUUAAUAAAAAUGCCGCGCCAACACAGAAGAAAAACAACUCGAUGGAUAAACGAAGAUUGUAUGCAAUCGGCCGUUAAAGAUAUUUGUGAUGGUUUGGAAACUCCAUCGACUGCGGCCAGGAAAUACGGCCUUAAACGAACGACAAUCAUUUAUCGUGUUGAAAAGAAACAAAAGAUGGAAUUAAUUAAACGAGGAGGCAAAACAUCCGAAACCGAAUCAAUUCCAACUCCAUUACUCGCUGAGAUAUUCUCUGUGACACAGGAGAAAGAAUUGAUGAGUUAUUUGAAUCGUUACACAUAUUUGCCAUACGAUACAAGUGGAAGUUAUAAAGCUGCUAGACAGUUGGUCUAUCAAUUUGUCAAAGAACACGAUAUAAAACAUCCGAAGACGUGGGACAUUGAGCAACAAGCUGGUGUUGAUUGGUUGAAUGGUUUUAUUUUAAGAAAUCCAGAAACAAAUUUGAGAAACACAACAAAAACAUAUGCAAAUAAUAAUAAGAAGAUUGACAAAUUUGAGCCCAGUUUGCAUGAAACUGAUAAGAAAGUUUCAAUUAAAAAGAAGAUGAAUAAGACUGAGUCUAUUGGAACGCAGCCCGUGGCGGUAAUUUCAAGAAAAAAAUCAAGUCAACCGGUGGCUUUAUCGGAACAGAGUUUGGAAUCCAAUAAUUCCUUUGCGAAUUCCUACUUGUCUUAUGUGGAAAGUAGUAAUCCGCCACAAGAGGAUCCUCAUCAUCUGCCAAAUCAAAGUACAGAUUUCUGUGAUCCAACUGAUAUGAAUGACACACCCGAACUUGAACUGGAACCUGUUUGUCAGAUUAGUAUGGUUAGCAUAAAAGAUGAACCCUCCUUUGGCACUCCUGAUGAACUCAAUAAUGAAGAAACUACCAACUCAUUUGUCGGGAACAAAACACAAUACAUUCCAAACUUAGAUACAGUACCUGAAAACGAUGAUGUUUUCAAUAGUUUUGGUAGAAAUAUUGCAUUCCAAGCUAAAGAAUUAUUCCAACACAAUCAAGUAGAUGCAUUGGAGAUGAUGCACGAAGUGCAGACAUUAGUUAAUCGACGUUUGAUAAGUAUGUUGAGACUGAAUAAUGGAAAUACGAGUAGUAGUAAAAAUAAGUCAGCGAAACGAGCACGCAGAUUAUUGGCAAAUGAGAAUGACGAUCGUGAUUAUUAAUUAAUAAGAAAUUUUAUUAAAAAAAAAUAAGAAUAAUGACUUCUUAAGUUUAUCAUUAAAAAAAAUUCGACAUUUUAUUUUAUAUAGUGCAUUUAGUUUGCCUUUUAGAGGUAUUUUAUUUUAAUAUUAAUUUGUUUUCCAUUUAUAAAUAAUUAUUAUAAAUAAUUUAACUAAGUAUAAAAAGUUUUAUUUUAAAUAUUAUUAUACCUAUAUAAUAAAAAAAGAAAAAAAUCCUGGUC